AUGCAGGGCGAGGGUCUGGUCCCCAACAAAGAGGCGUCGAUGUCCAAGGUGUUCGGUAGCGAAACCGUGCAACGCACCACCGCCGCGUGCCUGGAAAUCAUGGGGAUGUACGGGGGCCUGCGCGAUACAAAGUGGACGCCCAUGGAAGCCGAUAUGCAGGAGCACUGGCUGCGGGCCUUCUCACACACCAUCGCCGCUGGCACCAGCGAAGUGCAACGGAACAUCAUCGCGAGCCGCGGCCUGGGCCUGCCGCGGGGGUAG